AUCGAUCAUCAUAUCACGCAAUCCAUUAUUGUUCUAUAAUAAUUAAGUUUAAUAUAAGAAACUACAACUAUUUUCUAUCUAAAUUACUUGAUCAUUAAUAUUUAGCCAUGGGUGUUCUUGGUGCAAUAGCUAAACAUUUGGAUACAAUUAUCGGACCAGGAACAAUGCUUCUUUAUCCAUUAUAUGCAUCGAUGCGAGCUAUAGAGAGUCCUUCAUCAUUAGACGAUCAACAAUGGUUAACAUACUGGGUUUUGUAUUCUUUCAUGGCACUUUUUGAGCUUUCUUGUUGGAAAGUCCUUCAAUGGGUUCCGUUUUGGGGGUAUAUGAAGCUGUUGUUUUGUAUGUGGUUGGUGUUUUUCAAUGGAGCAGCAUAUAUAUAUGGAAAUAUAGUGAGAAAAUAUGUUAAGAUUGGAAAUUAUAUGAUGGUCAACUCAAAUUAUCCAGAAAGUCAAAGGAAAGUUUUGGAGAUGAUGAGCCUUGAUGCAAGAAAUUCUGUUGAGCAAUAUAUCGAUCGAUAUGGACCCGAUGCCUUUGAAAGAGUCAUCAAAGCGGCUGAGAAAGAAGCAAAGAAGCACUGAAUAAACAAACCAAAUUAUUAUUAAUUAUCAUUCCCUAAUUCAUUAUUAUUGUAAUAUGUGUCCACUAAUAUUAUACAUUUAAAGAGAAUGUGUGUAUGUGUAUAUAUGUUGUUGAUUAUAUGUACGGUUUAUAUUAGCAUU